AUGGCUUCCGUUGACGGCGAGGCCGCGGAGCGAGAAGAGCGCCUCAAGUCGGCCCUCUGGUACUCCAUUGGCCAAUUCGUCGACGAUGCUCUCCUCGCAGACGAUCUGAACGCAACACCGCAAUUUAUUGGCGCCUUGACCGAGCUUGUAUACACCCAGAUCGCAAACACAUCCCGCGACCUCGAGACCUUCUCCCGCCAUGCCGGCCGCAAAGCCAUCAGCAAUGAUGACGUCAUGCUGCUCACCCGGCGCAACGAAGCCCUCGAGGAUGUUCUGCGCCAGGAGCUGGAUCGGCUGAGGGCUGCAGAGGGCAGGGGAGAGCAGCAGCAGCCCGUCGCAACGGGCAAGAAGCGCGGACGGCCGUUUGGAGGCGGCAAAGGGAAAGGGAAGGCAUAG